AUGGAUACUCAAUUUGUAAAAGGAGAAUCAUCUACUUCUUCCCACUUCUAUUAUCAUUAUGACGUAUUCCUGAGUUUCAGAGGUGAAGAUACGCGCAAAAAUUUCACCAGUCAUCUUUAUUUCAGAUUGUGUCAAGUCGGAGUUAAUACCUUCAUAGAUGAUGAAGAAUUGAGAAAGGGAGAAGUCAUUUCAGUCAAACUUGAGAAAGCAAUUGAAGAAUCUAGGGUUGCCAUUGUUGUUUUCUCCAAAAAUUAUGCUUCGUCUAGUUGGUGUCUUGAUGAACUCGUUAAAAUUCUCGAUUGCAGAGAGAGGUUAAAUCAGGUAGUUUUGCCUAUUUUCUAUGAUGUUGAUCCUUCUCAAGUGCGAAGGCAAACUGGGUCCUUUGGUGAAGCUUUGGCAAAACAUAAGGAACGAUUGUUUGGAGCUCAAAGGGUGGAGAAGUGGAAAGCUGCAUUGACUGAAGCCGCAAAUCUAUCUGGAUGGAAUUUGCAAAAUGUUGCUGACGGGAAUGAAUCAAAAUUUAUUGAAAGUAUUAUAAAACAAGUUUCUCAAGAGGUCAACAUCCAGACACCUCUAGAUGUUGCUUGGCACCCAGUUGGAGUAGAUUCUCGUGUCAAAGCUAUAGAGUUAUUACUGCAAAGUGGAUGUGAGCAUGACAUUCGCAUGGUUGGUAUAUGUGGCGUUGGUGGGAUUGGAAAAACAACUCUAGCAAAAGCUAUCUACAACCAAUUAAUAUUUCAACACUUCGGUGGUAGUUGCUUCCUUUCCGAUGUUAGAUCAGAAUCUGAAGCAUUUGGUCUAGUCAAGUUACAAGAAAAACUACUCCGGCAAGUUCUCAAAAUUAAGGAUGUCCAAGUUAGCAGUAUUGCCGAAGGUGUCAAUCUAAUCAAAGCAAGACUAGGGUCAAAGAAGGUUCUAAUUGUUCUUGAUGACGUGGGUCAUAGUAGCCAAUUAGAAUCCUUAACAAGAGAAAGAAGUUGGUUUGGCUCUGGUAGUGUAAUAAUUAUUACAACCCGAGACGAGCAUUUGCUAUGUGGGCUUAGAGAAGAUGAGAGAUAUGAGGCCAAACUACUAUAUCCAGAUGAGUCUCUGCAACUUUUGUCUCGUUGUGCUUUCAACAGUCUUUCUCCACCACAAGGAUAUGUUGAGCUGGCACAAGAUGUAAUCAAAUACUCAGGUGGGCUACCAUUAGCUCUUGUGACAUUGGGGUCACAUUUGCAAGGGAGAUCUGUAGAAGAAUGGAGAUGCGAGUUCGAAAAACUAAGAGCAAUUCCUCAUUGUGAUAUUCAAAAGAUCCUCAAGAUAAGCUUUGAUGGACUUGAUUCUGAUACUCAAAGUGUUUUCCUUGAUAUCUCAUGCACCUUCCAUGGAUUUUCUAAUGAUGAAGUUACCAAAACAUUAUAUGCAUGUGGUUUUUAUUCUGAAAGUGCAAUUGCAACUUUGGUCAAAAGACACUUGCUUCAAAGGGAUGAACUUUGUUUGAGGAUGCAUGAUCUAGUGCGGGAUAUGGGAAGAGAAAUUGUUCGCAUGGAAUCUCGAUACCCUGGAAAACGGAGUAGAUUGUUCGACCCUCAAGAUGUCCGUGAUGUUCUACAAGGAAAUAAAGGUUCCAAAAAUGUAGAAGUACUGGUGGUAGAACGAUGGGCAUUAAAAGGUGUGAACUUGAGCACCAAAGCAUUUCAGAAAAUGAUAAAUCUUAGGGUGCUUAUAAUUGACGGCGAGUUACAUAUCAGUGGAAAUUUUGAGCUAUUGUCCAAAACUUGUAGUUCUGAAUAUGCAAGAGAUUUGAAGAAGCUGAAUCUCUCUGAUUGCCAGCGCCUCAGAAGUACUCCAAACUUCAAUGGUUCACAAAGUUUCGAGACUUUGUGGCUUUGGAAUUGCUCGAGUCUGAAGGAGAUCCAUCCAUCAAUAGGAAACUUGGACAUACUAACUGAUCUGCGUAUAAAGCAAUUGCCCGGAUCUGUUGAAAUGCUAAGAGAUCUUAUAAAUUUGCAAGUGGGAGGUCCAAAUUUAGAGGCCAAAAGGAGAUUUUCUCAAAGAAGAGUCCAUCACGUAGAAUCCUUGCCAAUUUUUAUUUCAUAUCUAAGCCUUUCAUAUUGUGGUUUCUCGGAGGCUGAUAUUCCUAGGGAUAUUGGGAGUUUAUCCUCCUUAAGAUCUUUAGAUUUGAGUGGCAACAGUUUCCAUUGUCUACCCUGUGAUUUUUCUAAGUUUCGAUUCUUGAGAGAGCUGCGUUUGAAUGAUUGUGAGAAUCUUCAAACACUCCCGUCACUAUCAAAUUUAGAGUACCUUAAAAUUCUUGAACUUAGGAAUUGCAAAAAACUGGUCAAGAUUACAGGGUUGGACAACCUCCCUUCUAUAAUGAAGAUGGACAUGAUUAAUUGUACUUCUCUGCAGAAUCCAUUCAAUGAAGGCUUCUUUAGUGCCCAGGCUCUAUCAUUUCACACUCUGAAGAAGCAAGUUUUACGAAUUUGUGUCGAAUGCAAUGAGAUUCCAGAUUGGUGCAGCAAUAAAGUGACAGCUCCAUCUAUCUGUUUCACUAUGCCCACAUUGUUAUCUUUUGGCUAUUGGUUUUUAUUUUGUUCAUCAAAUAUUUUAAAAUACUUAAGUAUUUAUUGUUGCAAAAACUGUAGGCAUGAAUCAAAGUUUAUUGAAGGUAUUAUAAAACAAGUUCUGCAAGAGGUUAACCAGACACCUCUAGAUGUUGCUCAUUACCCAAUUGGAUUAGAUUCUCCUAUCAAACAUAUAGAGGUGUUACUGCAAAGUGGAUGUGAGCAUGAAGUUCGCAUGGUUGGUAUAUGUGGCGUUGGUGGAAUUGGAAAAACAACUUUGGCAAAAGCUAUCUAUAAUCGAAUAUUUCAACGGUUUGAUGGUACUUGCUUCCUUUCUGACAUUAGAUCAAAAACUGAAGAAUCGGGUCUGGUCAAGCUUCAAGAGAAACUACUUUAUCAAAUCCUCAAAACUAAGGAAUUUGAAGUUGAUAGUGUUGCUGAAGGUGUUAAUCUCAUCAAAGCAAGACUUGGGUCUCAGAAGGUUCUAAUUGUUCUUGAUGACGUGGAUCAUAGAAGCCAAUUAGAAUCCUUAACAAGAGAAAGAAGUUGGUUUGGCUCUGGUAGUGUAAUAAUUAUUACAACCCGAGACGAGCAUUUGUUGUAUGGGCUUACAACAACUGAGAUAUACCAGGCCAAACUUUUAAAUGAAAAUGAAGCUCAGCAACUUUUUUAUUGCCAUGCUUUUAACAGUCUUUCUCCACCACAAGAAUAUGUUAAACUGGCACAAGACAUAAUAAAAUAUUCAUAUGGGCUACCAUUAGCUCUUGUGACAUUGGGGUCACAUCUGCUAGGGAGAUCCGUUAAAGAAUGGAGAUACGAGUUCAAAAAACUAAAAGCAAUUCCUCAUGGUGAUAUUCAAAAGAUUCUCAAGAUAAGCUUUGAUGGACUUGAUGUCAAUACUCGGAGUGUUUUCCUUGAUAUCGCAUGUGCCUUCCAUGGUUGUUAUGAGGAUGAAGUUGCCAAAACAUUAAACGCGUGUGGUUUUUAUUCUGAAAGUGCAAUUUCAACCUUAGUCCAAAGGAACUUGCUCCAAAGGGAGGAUCGGCCUGGUUUGGUGAUGCAUGAUCUAGUGCAGGAAAUGGGAAGAGAAAUCGUUCGCAUGGAAUCUCAAGACCCUGGAAAACGAAGUAGAUUGUUCAACCCUCUAGAAGCCAUUGAUGUUCUACAAGGAAAUAAAGGUUCUGAAAAUGUAGAAAUACUGGUGGUAGAACGACAGGCAUUAAAGGGUGUGAAGGUGAGCACCAAAGCAUUUCAGAAAAUGAAAUAUCUUAGGGUGCUUAAAAUUGAUGACUUACAUAUUAGUGGAGAUUUUGAGCUAUUGUCCAAGGAGCUCAGAUGGCUGUCUUGGAAAGGAUGUCCUUUAAAAUGUAUACCGUCAAAUUUUCCAUCUGAGAAACUUGUAUUUCUGAAUAUGAAAGGGAGCAAUAUCCAAGAAUUUGGUUUGAAUUUGCAGUAUUGUAGAAAUUUGAAAAAGCUGGAUCUCUCUGAUUGCAAGAGCCUUAGAAAAACUCCAAACUUCAACGGUUCACGAAGUCUCAAGACUUUGUGGCUUGAGAAUUGCUCAAGUCUAAAGGAGAUUCAUCCAUCAAUAGGAAAUUUGGACAGACUAACUGAUCUUAAAUUGAAUGGUUGCAAAAAGAUUACGGAUCUUCCGAGCAGCAUAUGCCAGCUAAAAUCCCUUCAAUACUUGUACAUUAAUGACUGCUUAUCUUUACAAACACUGCCAGUUGACAUUGGAGAUAUGCAAAGCCUAAGUAUUCUUAAUGCAGGUGAAACAGGUAUAAAAGAAUUGCCUGGAUCUGUUGAAAUGCUAGGAAAUCUUAUAAUUUUGGAAUUAGGAGGUCAAUACUUGGAGACCAAAAGGAGGUUUUCUCAAAGAAGAGUCCGCUGCGUAGAAUUCUUGCCAAUUUUUAUUACGAUGUUAAGCCUUCGAUAUUGUGGUUUCUCGGAGGCUGAUGUUCCUAGGGAUAUUGGGAGUUUAUCCAACUUACAUGAUUUAGAUUUGAGCGGCAACAGUUUCCUCAAUCUACCCUUUGAUUUUUCCAAGUUACCACGGUUGAGUUCCUUGCAUUUGAAUGAUUGUGAGAACCUUCAAACACUCCCGUCAAUAUCAAAUUUAAAGUACCUUACAACUCUUGAACUUAGGAAUUGCCAAAAACUGGUCAAGAUUACAGGGUUGGACAACCUCCCUUCAAUAGAGAAGAUGGGCAUGAUUAAUUGUACUCUUCUGCAGAAUCCAUUCAAUGAAGGCUUCUUUAGUGCCCAUGCUCUAUCAAUUCCGUCUAGAAAACAUCAACGGUAUGAGCUGUCAUUACAAAUUAAUCACGAAAGCAAUGAGAUUCCAGAUUGGUGCAGCAAUAAAGUAACAGCUACAUCUAUCUGUUUGACUAUGCCCACAGUACAUAAUAACAAGUUCUUAGGAAUGGUUCUCUGGUUUGUUUGCCGCCUUUGCGAUGUACAUGAGCUUAUACACUUCGCUGUUACUGUUGCCCAUAUAAAGCGUUCAGGUUUUUCAUGGAUUUGGCCUUGUGAUAGAUCUGACAGUCACGAAGUAUCAUAUGUAUAUUACUUCUCUUACUCAAAUGAUACACCUUUUAAAGGCCUGAAUAUCAAAGGCGGGGAACAGAUAACAGUAGAGAAUGAAACUGGCAGAGGCACAGUAAAGAAAAUAGGGAUCCAUUUGUUAUACUUGGACCAACAUGGUAAUGUUACAUCGUUGCCGGGAGUUGUGGAUCAUUCUUAUACUCCCUCCUACCCACAAAGACUUUCAGCAGGGCAUAUCAACUCAAACAACGACAACAUAUCCAAUGAAAUCCUACAAGUGAGGUCCGUAUUAGUGGAUAUCAACGAGCAAAGUUCUGAGAGUGUGUUCAGUACCAUGGAAAAUGUGUUCCAUAGAAAUAGGUCAUGGACCUGGAUCUACCAAAUGAUAACAAUGCCUCUAAAAUGUCUUAUUGGAAAAUGUUUUUCCGGAGAAUAAGUACGUUUCUUACUUAUUUUCAUGUGUUCGUUAUGUAAGAAAAAGUUUGUUCUUAAAUUUC